GUUAGUCGUCCAUUUACGGCGACGAUUGCGACGUAGUGCGCGGUCAAACGGUGAAAGGACGAGCUUUGCGCGACCUAUUUUCCUCUCUCGGCAGCAGCAGCGACAGCGGCAACAGCAGUCGAUGGUGCCGAUCUCGCAAGUGUCCACGUGGCUUUACGCUUGUUUAUCCGGUGCCGCCGCACGCUAUUACUUCGUUUCUGAUUUUCGCGCGACGAUAAUCGCUUUGGGAGGAGCCGUGUCGUCGUCGGAGAGUGGAAAGUCGGCUACUUGUUUUUCCCAGACCUUCAUUUUGUUUCGGCUUUGUGUCGCGUGAGAGAUACUGAUUAUGCGCACGAAUUGCCACCGCCGAAUGUUAACAAUUAGAAGAAAAUCUGGAAAAUUGCAGUUUUGAAAAUGACGUGAAAUUACGUAUAUUGUCAAAACAACUUGAAUUGUGUCGGCACCGUGAGGGAUGAAUUACGGUAAAAUUGAAAAUAUUAUAUCGAGUUUCUAAAGUCAAAGUAGUGAUUAUUUUAGUAUAGAAUGUUUUAUUGUUACGAUGAUGUGGGCAAAGAGUAAUGUGAAUGUAGAAUCACUUAAUAAGAAGCGUUAAGAAAGACUGUGCUUAAUGUGUUAAUUAACAACAGACCCAAUUCGGAUGACAUUGUCACACAAAAAGCAGAGCAGAAAUUUGACAAGCCAAGGAAAACAAUGAAGACCAGCAACGAAGAAAAAUCAAUCUGGACGGAUAGCCCACUUUAAACAAAGCCGAAACAACGGAAAUGCAAAUCACAUCGACACGAGCGCACUGCGUGUGCGAACGAGCGUCAAUAUACAAGUGCUGAAUCGCGACGAGCGAAUAAUUGUAUUAAAGCGCACACGCUCGCACACGUGCGAGAAGAGAAUUUAAAAGGUGCGAGUUGGCAACGACAGCGUAGCCGCAUAAGACGACGACUAUUACGCCUUUGCAAGCACAGCUGAUUGCGCGCCGUCAGAGAGUUCAAUUGAGAAUUUUUCAGUUGAUAUGAUGGGGCCACGCACUUGAGACUGUAAUCGACGGAAACGGCAAAAAUCGUCGAUAUGUCGUUUAGGAAAUUCCGAAUUCUGUCAAUCCGAUGUAGAAGCUGGUUCGCUAACUUCACGGCCAGAACAAUGCUGGCCAACGGUAGCAGCAGCGAGAGAACUCCACUGGUGGAUAGGCCGGUCAGUUUGACAACGCGCGCAGCCUAUGCCCUCGGCCAUGUGUUCAAUGACCUUGCCGCCGCCAUGUGGUUCUCUUAUACCCUCAUAUUCUUGCAACGGAUCGCUAACUUUGAGCCGAUCACCGCUGGAUCUUUGUUACUUUUAGGUCAAGUAGUCGACGCACUGAUGACACCGGUAUUCGGUGUAUUAGUUGAUCGCUAUGCCAACAAGAAAGCAUGGCACGUGGUCGGCUCGGCUUUGGUUACUUUCUCGUUUCCCGUGAUAUUUGGCAGCUUCGUGAGGAAUCCAUUCAGUGUUGGCACCAUGUUCGUCUACGUGUUCAGCAUCAUCGUCUUUCAAACUGGCUGGGCCGCUGUACAAAUCUCACAUCUGUCGAUGAUACCCGCGCUGACCGGAUCAAACGUCUUGCGCUCGGAGUUAACUGCCAUAAGAUAUUCAGCUCAAGUGGGCGCAGCAAUCUUCGUGUUCUUCGUCACUUGGAUGGUGCUGCCAAACAACGGCUUCGUCAUGCGUCUCAAUCCAUUCGAUGCUUACAGAUUCCGAAACAUCGCCGUAGUAUUGACGCUCUUCGGCGUGAUAGCGACGAUCCUCUUCCACGCAUUCUUAAACGCACGGCUAUUAGAAGUGGUCCGUGCGCCGCUGUUCAAACCGUCGGCACCGAGCGCCGUGGAGUCACAGCAAACGCAGCCACAGCAACAGCAGCCCGAUGCGGCGCCCUAUGAAAGUAAAGUCACGAGUCCCGAGAGUAGCGGACGUCCGCUGGUGACCAGUCUGUUAACCAAAGUCGCCAUGCUGUACGUCGCCAGUCGACUGUUCAUAACCUUGGCAACGGUCUACCUGCCGCUUUACAUCGAGGAAACUGGUGUUGGCGGCAGACAGGCACUUGCUACCGUACCGCUUGUGUCUUAUCUGGCGUCAUUCGUCAGCGCACUCAUGCUCAAGUACAUCAAUCGAUCCUGCGGCAGUAAGGUGUGCUACCUACUAGGUGGUUUGAUCGGCGUGACGGCGGCUCUCGUCGCCGAGUUCGCCGGAAGUAGCGAGGCGGUACUUUACUCCGUGGGCGUCCUCGUCGGCGCCGGUAGUUCCAUCACCAUGGUCACCGCGUUGAGUAUCACCGCCGAGCUGAUUGGCCCUAGAACCGAGAACAGUGCGCUCGUCUACUCCGUCGUCACUUUCCUUGACAAAGUCAUCACCGGGCUUGUCGUCAUUAUCAUCGAGAGAUUGAGAUGCCGGGAUAAGGAGCUUUGUCCAAAUUACAACCGAGACACGCUGGCGGCGGUGUGCGCAACCUCGAUGGCACUCGGCCUCAUCACUCUGGCAAUGGUGUCGCGAUGCAUCAACAAUUGACCGUCCAAUUCUCUGCAAUCUCAUUCCGUGCUCGCAUAAUAAACCGCGUGUUAUUUUCCACGUCGCAGUACUUCUCUUUUUCUUUUCUCUUUUUUUCGAUCAACACUUUCGGCACCGGGAGCGGACCAAUUUUUUAUGUCAUUCUUAUAACACAAUGAAAAAGAAAGCUUUCGUGGAUAAUCGAAGCGAGCGACAAAUUUUUUCAUAUUUAACCUGAAGAUUGCACAUCAUUCAAAAGCCAAUGAUAGUCUCUUCAUAAAUAGAAGGUCAAUUCACAUUUUUGUGCCAAUUUUUUAGAGGUUGUAUUCUAUAUUUUUCUGUUUUUAAUCUAACGCUAAAUUUAAGGUAGACUCUUGUGGGUGGCUAAUAUAUUAGUCUGCCUACCUACUUUUUUUAUACAUAGCGCUUCUGGAGAAACUCAAUUUUUAGAUCAAAGCGCGGUUAGACUUGUGUUUUAUUGCGUGUUUAUUUGAUUUAAAAACAAAAUCAACGCGUCAAAACAAUCUCCCAAUACUCGUGUGCCUCAACUAGUAGAAUUAAUUUCAAUACGAUACAAACUUGAUUUUAUCCUUGCUCCUUCGAUUUUAUAAUCUUUUACGAUACAUACACUGUUUUUAAUAGUUGCAUUCCACUAGUGCCUUUUAUUGUAUGACAUAUAACGAUUUGACAUAUUACUGAAUUUUGAUAAAACACGAGAAAGAUUAUACCUUGCAUAUCCAAUAAAAGCACGCAAAAAAAUUUAUUUCCUCAUUCCUUGUGUGCUUUUAUUGGACGCUUCGAGUUUAAAUUCUCUCCUUAUCAAAAUUCAAUAUUCGGGAGCAUAUCGCUAAAGAGAAAUAACAUAUAUAUUUCUUCACUUAUUAAUUUGUAAUGAAGUUUAUAAAAUCAAAACUACUUUGUACUAUUGAUGAAUAUAAUAAAGUAGUAAA